AUGGCCAACGGCCCCUGGAAUGAACCUCGAGGGCUCAGGAUGAGGCUGCAGUUCACUUCCCAAAUCCAUUCUUGCCAGCGACGCUCCCCGGGAGCCCUGGAGGCCCUGAGAGAAGGGCUUUAUGCCAGGAAGGACUCAAACAAUUCCCUGCUGGUAGGAAUCAAAGAGGAAAUUAAUGUCCUCCCUGAGCAGAGGGAGGCUCUGCAAGAGCAGGUGGGAGAGUUGACAGCAGCCUCCAGAGAGUCACAGGAACUGGUUGUCCACAAAGCUCAGCAAGAGGGGAGUGAGGCCCUGGAGAGCCCAGCUGUAGCUCUGGAAGAGAAGAAACUGAGCCUCAGAAGCCUGGAAGGAAACAACCUGGCCUGGAGCAAACAAACAUCUCAGCUUCGUUCUGCUCUUCAGCGGAGUGAGCAGCUCCUCUCAGAGCGCAUCAGAGAACUGCAGGAGCUCAAUGCCCAGAUCCGCUCCCUGCAGGAAGCCAUGCAGGACAAGGAUGCUGCCCAGGCAGCUCGGGAGGAGAAGCUGUUGCAGGAGCUGCAGGAGUCCCGAGCGGGCGAGCGGCGCUUGAGGGAUUCGGUGCAGCUGCUGGAGGCCGAGGUCUCAGAGCUGCGCUCGAGGCUCCGUAGCUCCGAGGACAGAGCAGAGGCCUUGGCCACGCAGUGCCAACAGGCCAGCGGUGCCCAGUGCCAGGCUCAGUCCCAGCUGGACAAACUGCUCCUGGCUGUCCACCGCGCCAUCAGGGACAGCAGCAACGCGGCCGCUCGGAGCCCAGGCAAGCGUGGCCGGCUGGAAAAGGGUCAUGUCGUGAGCCUGACUGCUUCUCAGGCCAGGGAUGUCCCCACAGAGCUGACGGUGGACGGAGCGGCAGCAGCCCUGCAGGACCUGUGCCAGCAGCUGGAGUGUUCCCAGAAAGAUCUGAACAAAGCGAGGGAGAAGAUUCGGGCCUUGAAGCUGCAGCUGAGCACGACACAGGCUCAGAGGGACUAUUUCAGUGCCCGCAACCAGGAGCUGCAGAAACAGCUGGCUGACAGCCAGGAAGCAACACGGAGGGCAGAACUCAGGAACUCCCUAGAAGCUGCCCUGAGGGAAGAGGCCGCUGCAAGAAGGGAAGAGGCUGUGACUCUUCAGCAGGAGUUGGAAUCUUUGCAGAGGAAACUGGAGAACAUGGACAAGGAAAUAAAGGAUGUGCUGCAUGAACGGGACAGUCUGCAGGCAAAUAAUGAAAAACUCGAGUGUCAGAUCAAACUCCUGGAAGAAUCAGCCACAGCCUCUGAAAACCGAGCAAAUGCAGCCAUGGACAGGAAUCGCUCCUUCCAAGAAGAACUUCAGACCAUCAUAUCCAUCUUUCAAGUGAAAAAGGAAAAACUGGAAGCACAGGAAAAGAAACUGGAGAUGCUCCAGAAAGAGGCAGAAGAGGCCCAAGCUCUGCAGGGGAAUCUCACUCGCGUGACUGCCGACCUCUCAGAGAGGGAGAGGGAAAUCAGGCUGUACCGGGAGCAGAUGAGAAUGCUGGAAAAGAAGAAUUUAAUGCACUCCAAAAGCUGGGUGUGGGGAGCUGUUUCUGCCCUGGUGGUGCCGAAAAGAGCGCAGCUGCUGCGAGUGCUGUGA